AUGUCAGAAGAUUACUUGCAGGCGGCGCGUCGACAGGAAGGGAAUGAGGCGCGAACAUUUUCUCAGAUGGAGUUCGAUCAGUGCCUUUGCGCCAUCCAGACACACCUUCUCACCAUGUGCGGUAGAACCUUGGUAAGUGCAGGCCUUCCAGACCCAUCACAGGCAAGUUCAACUCUGUCCGACCAGCCUCUUGCAAGGGAGACCAACUACGACCGUGCCGCGUUGCUUGAGCAAGUACGACAACAAGAACCGACACUAACCGACGAUCAACGUUCGGCGUAUGACGCAAUUUGUGACCAGGUACAGGCAAGUGACGGUGGGUUGAUUUUCCUCGACGCACCCGGUGGUACAGGUAAGACGUACGUCACAAACGUACUUCUUGCAAAGGUUAGAUCAGGUGGACACGUUGCCUUGGCUGUUGCCUCUUCCGGAAUAACAGCCACAAUCUUGGCUGGUGGUCUGACUGCUCACUCCACGUUCGCUUUGCCCUUAGAUCUGCACCGCCUUGAGGAGCCAACCUGCUCGAUCGCCAAAGAUUCUGAGAAAGCAGCGCUCCUUCGUGAGGCUGUGCUGAUCGUGUGGGACGAAUGCACGAUGUCAUACAAGCAUGCUUUCGAGGCUGUCGACAGGACUUUGCGAGACCUGCGCAGCUCUAAUUCCUUGAUGGGUGGUGUGACGGUUGUGAUGUCCGGUGACUUUCGCCAAACGUUGCCUAUUGUUCCUAGAGGCACUUCUGCUGAUGAGAUCAAUGCCUGCAUCAAGUCUUCGGCAUUCUGGCGUUCCGUGGUGAAGUACACACUUACCACAAACAUGCGAGUUCUGCGUAGCAGUGAUACCAAUGCGGGUCAAUUCUCUGCGCAGCUCCUUAAAGUCGGCAACGGUGCAAUACCCGUUCUGCCUUCAGGCAAAAUUGCGGUUCCGAGUGAUCUCGCACAGAUUGCUGCUUCCCAAGAAGACAUUCUUGCCCUCAACACCAACAAAAGCACCAACAACCACACCACCACCACCAACAAAAACAACACCACCACCACCAACAACAACAACAACACCAACAGCCACACCAACAACAACACCAACAAAAACACCAACGCCAACAUCAACAACAAAACCAACGACAACGACAAUGACAACUCCAACAACAACACCAACAACAGCACCAACAACCACACCGACAACAACAUCAAUAACAACAACAACAACAACAACAACAACAACAACAACAACAACAACAACAACAACAACAACAACAACAACAACAACAACAACACCAACACCUACAACAACAACAACAACAACAACAACCCCAAAACUAACAAUAACAACAACAACAAGGACCACGACAACAACAACAACAACAACAACAACAACAACAACAACAACAACAACAACAACAACAACAACAACAACAACAACAACAACAACAACAACAACAACAACAACAACAACAACAACAACAACAACAACAACAACAACAACAACAACAACAACAACAACAAAAACCAACAACAACACCAACAACAACACCAACAACAACUCCAACAACACCAACAACACCAACAGCACCAACACCAACGACGACAACAACAACAACAACAACAACAACAACAACAACAACAACACCAACAACAACACCAACAACGACACAACAACAACAACAACAACAACAACAACACCAACUACAACGAAAACAACGACAACAACACCACCAACAACAACAACAACACCAACAACACCAACAACAACACCGCCACCAACAACAACAACAACAACACCAACAACAACACCAACAAAAACACCAACAACAACACAAACACCAACACCAACACCAACACCAACACCAACAUUACCAAAAACACCUACACCAACGAGGACAACAACAACAACACCAACACCAGCGACAACAACAACAACGACAACAACAACAACACCAACAACAACAAUAACAAAAACAACAACAACAACGACAACAUCAACAACAACAACAACACCAAAAACAAGAACACCAACAACAACAACAACAACAACAACAACAACAACAACAACAACAACACCAACAACAACACCAACAACGACAACGUCAACGACAACAACAACACCAACGACAACGACAACAACGACAACGACAACAACGACCACAACGACAACAAUAACAAUAACAACAACACAAACAAAAACAACGUCAACGACAACAACAACACCAAAGACAACAACAACGACAACGACAACCACGAUAACAACAACAACAAAAACACCAACAACAACACCAACAACAACGUCAACAAAAGCACCAACACCAACGAAAAACGGCAACAAUGACAACGACAACAACAACGACAUCAUCGACAAAAACAACAACAACAACAACAACGACGACGACAACAACAACAACAACAACAACAACAACAACAACAACAACAACAAAAACAACAACACUAA